ACGGAGAUAGAAUAUAUCCAAGAUAUUCAAUUUUCUCUUUUAAAAAAUGACAUUUUUUAUAAUUAAGUUUAAAUCCGUAUUGUUUUAAAAUCAAAAGUACCUCUUUCAAUGAAGACAAGUUUUCCUCAACUGUACAAGAUGGCACCAAGAUAUCAUCAAUGUAAACUAAAACUUUAUCCUCGCGCAAAAGAGGUUGAAAGAUUUGGAUCAUUCUCUUUUGGAACUCAGCUGGAGCCUCACAGUAACCAAAAGACCAUGCGAAGCGUCGAGGAGAAUAAGCAUAAGUUGUAUUGUCUUUGAGAGACACUGUGACGGCAUGACCAUCUUCAAUUGGAAUGACAGAAGUAUUCUCAACUUCACGAAUUAAAGUUACAAGUUUUUCAUCAACCGUUGGUCCGAAAUCAGAUUCGAAAGUAAACUCAUCAGAAAAACCAGCAGUCACCUUAACAAUAUUGUCGCUAAUUUUAUACGGCGAUCCGAUGUCGACAAAAGCUACCGUCGGUGAAUGGGAAGGCUGGGAAGACUGGAUGGUCUGGAGAGACUGGAAGGACUGGGAGGUCUCAGAAGAUUGUGACGAAGACGAUUACCUGUGGAAAAUGUUGAAACACUUGACAGAACAAGUUCCUGUAGAAACUUGUAUUCAUUGUAUUGGUAUUGCUCUUGAAGUUCUGCUUACCAUGGCACGACAUCUAACUUUCAAAGAUACAAUGAUUAAUUUUGACACUAUUGACACAAUUUACUUGCUUUUAAAGUCAAUUUAUCUAUUUGUGGAUGAAUUUAAAAUCGCUUGCUGCAAGUUACUUUCUGCACUAUGUUUAGAAGAAAGUGGACAGCGUUUUUUCCUCAAAUCAAAAGGAUCCCAAACAAUACUCGCUUUCAUUACUGAUACUUAUUCAGUUUCAAUAAGAAACAUUACGCUACAGUCAAUGCAGGUAAUUUCUACAGAUUUAACUGUAGCAAAGUCCUUCGUAGAAAAUAAGUACCUUUUGUACACGUUGAAUAACCGUUUAUCUUCAAAAACGAUUCCUUUAUGGGACACUUUCAUUGAGAUUCUUAAAUCGCAUUUACCAACUAAAUUCGCUCUUACAGGACGCUUGUUUUCACAUGAUCUUACUCAGGAUGGAUUUUAUGUCUUAAAAACCAAUAUAUGUUCAUCUCUCAUGACGGAUGAUAUUUUUCGAAUCAAAAUUUGUCCCUUAGAGCCCAUUUAUGUGGUAAAUUAUUUGCUUACGUCAGACACUUUACAGAACGAGAUAACUUUCGAAAAAUACAUAAAUGCGUGGCUCGAAUCGAAGUUUGGUUGAUUGCAAUGCGAUCUAUAUUUCUCUGAAUGUGAACUUUUUAAACGUAUGCUCUCAGUAAAGGAACCAAAAGACAGUCCAGCGGCAGAAAGAAAUACAGAUCGAAAUAACUAAUACGUUCUCUCACGUGCAAAGAUGUUAUCUGUAUUCAUGUCGCAUCCAAUGUCUGAUGUCGAUUCAGCGAGAAUUAGAUGCAUCGACCAGCAACUUGAAGUUAAUUUGAAGCAAAUUAAAAAAUGUUUAGAAACGAGCAUGAUUCCGCUUGGGAAACUUCGUGUUGGUUCUUAUCUCGAGCGAGCUAUGCUUUUCAAGGCGAUAGCUGAUAGAAUAUACCUUCCAGCAGCUUUCGUACGUGGGGAAUACGGUGUCUCGUGAAUUGAAAUAGCCAUACCUCAAAUGGAAGACUCAAAUGAAGGAAGAUUAUUUGAUGAUCGUUUGGAUGGAAAUAAUGAAGAUUAUGAAAAAUUAGGAUUAAUUACGACCGAAUUAUUAGGCAAGUCAAAUGUCUUCACAUAACAGAACGGAUAUGAGAGAGAAAAAAUUUCUCUCUCUCGAGAUUAUCAAACGGCGAUUUACUUAACCAAGCUUAUGAAACUGAAUUUUAUCGUGGAUUUGAUGGAUAAUACAUCGAGAGAUUUGAUCUCAAUUGGAAGUCCUCGUUCAAAAUUAUAUACUAUUAAAAAAAUAACUUAG